AUGUCGGGUAUACUGCCACCUCAGCUCGGAAACCUUUCAAACUUGCGACACCUUGACCUCGGUUACAUGCAAGAUAUACACAUAUCAGAUAUCUCAUGGUUAACUCAUCUCCAUUUCCUGGAAUAUGUUGACAUGAGUUAUAUGAAUCUGAGCAGCGCGGAUAUGUUUCUCGUGGCCAACACAAUCCCAUCUCUGAAAGCCCUUAUUCUUGUCAACUGCUCACUUCCAAAUGCAAACCAGUCGCUUACGCAUGUAAACCUCACAAAACUAGAGCAGCUUGAUCUCUCCAGUAAUUAUUUGGGCCACCGAAUUGAAACAUGUUGGUUCUGGAACCUAACAAGCAUCAAGGAACUAACACUCGAUUCAACCUAUCUUUAUGGUCCAUUCCCUGAUGUGCUAGGAGGUAUGAUUUCUCUCCAGCGGCUGGAAUUUACCAACAACGGUAAUUCAGCCACAAUGACAGUGGACUUGAAAAAUCUAUGUGAUCUAGAGAGCCUAAACCUCGAUGGGAGUCUUGCGUUUGCGGACCUAACAGACUUCGUGAUGAAACUGCCACAAUGUUCAUCCAACAAAUUGCGGUUCUUGAGCUCAAAUCACAACAAUAUGGCAGGAAUGCUGCCAGAUAGGGUGGGGCACUUCACCAGCUUGAAGUACCUUCACCUUUAUAAUAACAGCAUUACUGGAGCUAUACCAACUAGGUUAGUGAAUUGUACUAUUUUGCAUUCACUCGCUCUCGGUUUGAACCAACUAAGUGGCCAGAUACCAACAUUGCCGAGAAGCCUCAGUGAAGUGGACCUGUCCAUGAACAGCUUGUCAGGACCUUUGCCAUCAGAUUUUGGAGCUCCAUACCUUACAGUACUAAGUCUAUCCUCCAAUUACAUCACUGGUUACGUUCCUAGAUCUAUCUGUGAGUUGCAAAACCUAAUUUUCUUGGAUUUGUCCCAGAAUAGGUUUGCGGGAGAAUUUCCCAGGUGUUCUUCGAUGCCAAACUUGGCAUUCCUGCACUUAAGUAACAAUAGCUUCUCCGGGAGUUUUCCUCCAUUGCUCCAAAACUGUGCAAACUUGUUUUCCCUUGAUCUUGCAAUGAACGAGUUCGAUGGAGCACUACCAGUAUGGAUCGGAGACCUAGUGAACUUGCGGUUUCUGCAGCUAAACCAUAAAAUGUUCUAUGGGCAUAUUCCAGCUAACAUCACAAGUCUUGUACUACUUCAACUAUUCAGUUUGGCGAGCAAUAAUAUAUCAGGAUCAAUUCCGUCGUCCUUGUCUAAAUUAAUAGCUAUGACCCUGAAACAUCCGCCGAGACUUGAAUCAAUGUUGUUUAAAGGCACUCACGCGGUGGAUAUUUUGUCCGUUGUGAUGAUGAAGCAGCAAGAGCUUAAGUUCAGGGGUGAUGCAGUUAUUAACAUGGUAAGCAUUGAUUUGUCACUCAACCACUUGACCGGUGAAAUUCCAGAUGAGAUAACUUCUCUGAACGGACUGUUGAGUUUGAAUUUAUCAUGGAAUCACCUGAGCCACAAAAUCCCUGUGAAGAUUGGGGAUAUGAAAUCACUGGAAUCACUCGACUUGUCAAGGAACAAUAUCUCUGGUGAAAUCCCAACAAGCCUCUCAGAUUUGACAUAUUUAAGCUCCUUGGACUUGUCAUACAACAAUCUUGCAGGAAGAAUUCCAACAGGCCGUCAACUGGACACUCUGUAUGCAGAAGAUCCGUCAAUGUAUGAUGGCAACAGUCGCCUUUGUGGGCCUCAUCUUCAAAGGAAUUGCUCAGGCAACAGUCCACUGGAGCGUAGGAAUCAGCAGAGAAGUGAAAAUGCUUAUGACCCAGUGAUGUUCUUCUACAUUGGGCUAACGUCCGGGUUUGUGGUCGGGCUCUGGCUUGUGUUCUGUGCUCUACUGUUCAAAAGGGCGUGGCGACAUGCCUAUUUUCGCCUCUUCGACAAGCUAUGUCACAAGGUGUACGUGUUUGUUGUUGUUAUUUGGGGCCGGAUAAACACCAAGGCGACUGCAAGUUGA